AUGGCAAACCCAGAGGCGUUGGAGGAUGGAGCCCAACGAACGGAAGUCAAGGACUGGGAUGGUCCAGAUGAUCAAGGCAAUCCUAGAAACUGGUCUCCACAAAAGAAGUUCUACCACUGCGCCAUCCCGACUGCCAUAGCAUUUCUAUGCCCCUUCGGAUCUUCAGUCUACACCCCAGGCAUAUCCCAGGUCGAGACCGAAUUUCAUGUCACCCGCGAGAUCGCCCUUUUACCAUUCGUCUCCUACCUCCUCGGCCUAUCCUUUGGACCGAUCGUAGCUGGCCCUUCCAGCGAGACGUUCGGGCGUAAAGCAGUCUACAUCUGUGCCCUGCCCGGUGUUGCAGCGUUCACGCUGGGAGCAGGGUUCUCGCAGAACAUUACAUCGUUGAUCGUCUGCAGGUUCUUUGCCGGUUUGUUUGCGAGUCCGGGUUUGAGCAUUGGAACGGCGAUGGUGUCGGACUUCUUGCCGCUUGAGAAGAGAGGUGGGCCGGUUGCGGUCUUUAUUACGAUGGUGCAGAUGGGACCAGUCUUCGGACCGAUCAUAGGCGGCUACGUGACCGAGUCGAAGAACUGGCGUUGGACGCAAUGGGUAAUCCUUUUCGGCAUCGUCUUCGCCUUCGCAUUGACAGCGCCCAUGUCGGAGUCCUACAAAGCCGUUCUACUCAAACGAAGAGCGAAGAAACUGGGCAUCGAACCGCCUCCCGAGUUCAACACCUCCGCAUUGCAGAGCUUGAAGUACUUUGUCACCAAGACAGUCUCAAGGCCGAUCCAGAUGAUGUUUACUGAGCCGAUUGUUGGCUUGUUUGACAUCUACAACGCCUUCAACUUUGGCCUAUUGAACGCAUUCUUUGCUGCGUUCUCUUGGGUAUUCGAGAACGUCUACGGCUUUGGCAUUGGCUCGACUGGUCUCACAUACAUCGGCCAGGCCGUCGGCAGCAUCAUGGGCCUUCUCAUAGUACUGUAUAUCUACAACUCCUAUUGGGCAAAGGAGUCCAAGAAGGCAAAAGAAGGCAACAGCAGUGCCAACAUGGCACCGGAGAAGAGGCUCAUUAUUGCCAAAAUCGGGGCGCCAAUGUUUCCCGUCUCGUAA